AGUACGACGAGUACAGAAUACAUUAUUAGAGGGAAAGUCACUGAGAUUAUUUUGUUUAUCUAGGACUUUUUAGGCUCAUCCAUGUAUUUGUCUUCAGAGUUAAUAUUAAUAAUCAUUUAAUUUAUAUUCCGAAAGCUAUAAGCUAUGAGGAUUAGCUUUUGAGAAAAUAUUCAAAUUUUAUUGGUUAUUUUUGGUUAUAGAGGUUAGAGUACUGUUGGUUUUAACCUGUGACGUGUACUGUAUUGUGAUUGUGUACUGGUGCUCCACUUUCUUACCUUACUCAGAAAAGUAAAGGAUCACUGAGAGAAGGAAAAAAUGACAAAUGACGUCGUUAUUGUAUCUGCAGCACGCACACCUAUAGGUUCAUUUUGUGGGUCACUGUCAACUCUCAAGUCUCAUGACUUGGGGAGUUUCGUCAUAAAAGAAGUUUUAAAACGUGCUUCCAUGGAUGCUUCACAAGUUUCAGAAGUGGUCUUUGGACAAGCUCUUACUGCUGGAGAGGGUCAGAAUCCAGCUCGCCAAGCAUCUAUCAAGGCUGGACUGCCGUACACAGUACCAGCAUAUCUUGUAAACAUGCUGUGUGGAUCGGGACUCAAAGCAGUGGUGGUGGGCUGUCAGUCGUUGCAGCUGGGUAACACAAGUGUGUGCGUUUGUGGUGGUCAGGAGUCCAUGAGUCAGGCCCCCCACUUUACACAUCUCCGUGGCGGCGUCAAGAUGGGCAACACAACCCUCAUUGACCACAUGCUCUCUGACGGACUUACAGAUGCUUUCUUCAACAUCCACAUGGGACAGACUGCGGAAAAUUUGGCAACUCAAUAUGCGAUCUCAAGAGAAGAGCAAGACAUAUAUGCAGUAGAAUCCCAGAAGAGAACUGAAAAUGCCCAAAAGCAAGGACACUUUUUAGAAGAAAUAGUACCGGUAACGAUAAAGAGCUCCAAAGGAGACAAAGUGAUAUCAGAGGACGAAUAUCCCAAACAUGGCACUAGUUUAGAAGGAUUGGCAAAACUGAGGCCAGCCUUUACUAAGAAUGGCAGUGUGACAGCAGGCAAUGCAUCAGGACUCAACGACGGUGCUGCUGCAGUGUUAUUGAUGACAUCAGAAGAAGCUCAGAAGCGAGGACUCUCUGCUCUCGGUCGUAUUGUAGCAUAUGCACAAGUUGGAUGUGAUCCUCAGAUCAUGGGCUUCGGUCCUGUGCCUGCUGUCAAGAUGGUGCUAGAGAAAGCGGGUUGGAGCAAGGAUGAUGUGGAUUUGUAUGAGCUAAACGAAGCUUUUGCCUCUCAAUCACUGGUUGUUCUGAAAGAGUUGGGACUGGACUCCUCAAAGGUUAAUGUCAGUGGAGGAGCCAUUGCUCUGGGUCAUCCCAUCGGAGCUUCAGGAGCCAGAGUUCUGGUCACUUUGCUGUAUGGAUUGCAGCGGACUGGAGGUAAGCGAGGCGUAGCAUCUCUCUGCAUCGGAGGCGGGAUGGGCAUCGCUCUUGCCGUCCAGAGAGACUGAUUCUACUGCCCUUCUACCUGACUAGUUGUCAGUAAAUUGUAUUUUCGUAAGCAAUCACUUUACUAUCAGUAUUUCCUUAAUUGAAAGUGAUGUUUUUAAAUUUGAUGGCAUUUAAAAUGUAAUUUAACCAUCUUUAAAUUGUUCAAAUACCUCAGUUGUAUAAUCUCAGCUAUCAUAUCAUUCAUUAUUUAUUACAUAAACUACAUAUAUGUAAAGCA